GACACCUCCUGGAGAAAGAGAAUCCUGCGCAGCACUGUUCCGGAGAUCAACGGCGGCGGCGUUCACACCCUGGGUCGGACAGCUCUCCGGGAGUCCUGGACGUGAGGCCGGAGGCCCCAGUGUCUGCGGUGCGUAUGGCCACGCCCGGCGCUGGGUUGGGCUUUCCGGAUCGGAGCUAAAGCAGAGACUUAACCGGCCCGACUCGCGCGCUGGCCUGAGAGGAGCCCGCGGUUCCGAGGGUGGAUCGAGAGCCCAGAUGCCCAUCCAGCCUUCAGGCAAAGAAACAGAAGAGAUGGAGGCAGAAGGGGAUUCAGCAGCUGAGAUGAACGGGGAGGCAGAUGAGAGCGAGGAGGAGCGGAGUGGCAGCCAAACUGAGUCAGAGGAGGAGAGCUCAGAGAUGGAUGAUGAAGACUAUGAGCGGCGCCGCAGUGAGUGUGUCAGUGAGAUGCUGGACCUGGAAAAGCAGUUCUCAGAGCUGAAGGAGAAGUUGUUCAGGGAACGGCUCAGCCAGCUACGUUUACGACUGGAGGAAGUGGGGGCUGAGAGAGCCCCAGAAUAUACGGAACCUCUUGGCGGGCUGCAGCAGAGCCUGAAGAUCCGCAUUCAGGUGGCAGGGAUCUACAAGGGCUUCUGUCUGGAUGUGAUCAGGAAUAAGUAUGAGUGUGAACUCCAGGGAGCCAAACAACACCUGGAGAGUGAGAAGAUGCUGCUGUAUGACACACUGCUUGGGGAGCUGCAGGAGCGGAUCCAGAGGCUGGAGGAGGACCGGCAGAGCCUUGACAUCAGCUCUGAGUGGUGGGACGACAAACUACAUAGCAGAAGCAGCUCCAAGGCCGGGGACGCCAUGCCACCCAGCAAGAGGAAGAAGGCACCGCUCGUUUCUGGUCCAUACAUUGUGUACAUGCUGCAAGAGAUCGACAUCCUGGAAGACUGGACAGCCAUCAAAAAGGCCAGGGCAGCAGUGUCCCCUCAGAAGAGAAAAGCAGACGGACCCUGACCCUGCAUUUACUCUCGCUCGGAGGGUCCUGGGAGCAGCUGGUACCUCACGCAGGAUUAACAUUUCUCUGCAAAGGCAGGGGGUUGCCUAGUAGCUCUUCAGUGUUGCUGCUGGCCCCUGACCCUCUGCCACCACUGGCCUGGACUCCUCUGCUCUCCUUGGGAUCUGCACAACUGUGGCCCUGAAGCCGACCUGGCCAAGCAAGACUGUGGUCUCCAUCCCUGACCAGCCCACUCCCUCCCAAAGAAUAACUUCUUCAGCGUCCCCCCACAGAGAGACCAGGCCUCAUCCAGAGUCACAGCAGCAGUCCUCCUGACCUUGAACCCUGGCCCUCAGCCACUGAGCCAGGCCCAACUGUAGGAGGAACUCUCAAGCAGACAUGUUGGGCCUUGUCCACCCUGACUGCCGCUGGAGAGGACGGCUUCCCAGGCUUUCUCAGGGCUAUUCCUGGUGUCUGCCUCUCAGAUUCCAAAGACUGGAAUAAAAUUUAACCUGGGA